GUUUAUUCUCUCUCUCAUCUGUCUUGCGCCUGAGAUUCAAUCUCUGGAUCCAAACCUGAAAAUAAAAAAAAAUUCCAAAACAAAGUCAAUUUCGAUUUCUUGAUCCCCAUUUCAUGCCCUUGUGUUGUCUUCAAAGAUUAAUUCAUCUCGUACACCCAUAAAAACUGAAAGGUUCAUUGCCUGUUCAUUCAAAAGAUGGCGACAAUGGAGAGCUUGAUCGGACUCGUCAACAGAAUCCAGAGAGCCUGCACCGUCCUAGGCGAUCACGGUGGCGAAGGAAUGUCCCUCUGGGAAGCUCUUCCUUCUGUUGCUGUUGUAGGAGGCCAGAGCUCUGGGAAAUCGUCUGUGUUGGAAAGCGUGGUUGGAAGGGACUUCCUGCCUCGUGGAUCCGGCAUUGUGACAAGGAGGCCUCUGGUAUUGCAACUUCAAAAGACAGAACAAGGGCAGGCCGAAUAUGGGGAGUUUCUUCACGCACCAAAAAAGAAGUUUACUGAUUUUGCUUCCGUCCGUAAGGAGAUUCAAGAUGAAACAGACCGUAUAACUGGGAAGACAAAGCACAUAUCUAACAUUCCAAUUCACCUGAGCAUUUAUUCACCCAAUGUUGUUGACUUGACUCUCAUUGAUCUUCCUGGGAUGACAAAGGUUGCUGUAGAAGGACAACCAGACAGUAUUGUUGAAGACAUUGACAACAUGGUUCGUUCUUAUGUUGAGAAGCCUAACUGCAUUAUAUUGGCGAUUUCUCCUGCUAAUCAAGAUAUUGCCACUUCGGAUGCUAUAAAGCUUGCUAGAGAAGUUGAUCCUACAGGUGAAAGAACAUUUGGAGUGCUAACAAAACUUGAUCUGAUGGACAAGGGAACCAAUGCCCUGGAUGUUCUGGAAGGGAGAUCAUAUAGGCUGCAGCAUCCCUGGGUGGGAAUUGUAAAUCGUUCACAAGCUGAUAUCAACAAGAAUGUUGACAUGAUUGCUGCCCGUCAAAAAGAGCGAGAAUAUUUUGAAAGCAGCCCUGAGUAUGGACACUUGGCACAUAAAAUGGGCUCAGAGUAUCUUGCAAAACUUCUAUCCCAGCAUUUGGAGUCUGUCAUUCGGCAACGAAUUCCAAGUAUUAUUGCUUUGAUUAAUAAGACAAUUGAUGAGCUUAAUGCAGAGUUGGAUCGUAUUGGCAGGCCUAUUGCAGUAGAUUCAGGGGCCCAGUUGUAUACAAUUUUGGAAAUGUGUCGUGCAUUUGACCGUGUCUUCAAGGAACAUCUAGAUGGAGGGCGAGCUGGUGGAGAUAAGAUAUAUGGAGUUUUUGAUCAUCAAUUACCUGCUGCUUUAAAAAAGCUCCCCUUUGAUCGUCAUCUUUCUUUACAAAAUGUCCGAAAAGUUGUUUCAGAGGCAGAUGGUUACCAACCACAUUUAAUUGCUCCAGAACAAGGAUACAGACGACUUAUUGAUGGAUCCCUCAGCUUUUUCAAAGGCCCAGCUGAAGCCUCUGUUGAUGCUGUGCAUUUCGUUUUGAAAGAACUUGUGCGGAAAUCAAUAGCUGAAACACAGGAAUUGAAGCGAUUCCCAUCGCUUACAGCUGACAUAGCAGCUGCUGCAACAGAAGCAUUGGAAAGAUUCAGGGAAGAAAGCCGCAAAACAGUGUUAAGGCUGGUAGAAAUGGAGUCUAGUUACCUCACAGUAGAUUUUUUUCGAAAGCAGCAGUUUGAAACAGAAAAACAAGAGAAGAGUGGAAACCCAUCAGGCCCAAAUAUGGAUCGCUACACAGAAAUCCAUCUCAGGAGGAUAGGAUCAAAUGUAUCAGGGUAUAUCAGUAUGAUUUGUGAAACAAUGAAGAAUUCCAUCCCCAAGGCUGUUGUUUAUUGUCAAGUCCGAGAGGCCAAGAGAUCUCUGCUCAGCCACUUCUAUGCUCAGCUUGGGAGAAGAGAGAAGGAGCAGCUUGGUUCAAUGUUGGAUGAGGACCCGGCACUCAUGGAGAAGAGACAGGCCAUAGCUAAGAGGCUGGAGCUGUACAAGUCGGCAAGAGAUGAGAUCGACUCAGUGUCAUGGAAAUGAUGGAAACCCACCUGCUUGUGACUCAUAUUAGACAUGUGCCUUUGCCCACAUGAAGACGGCAGAUAGAUCUCUCAGGUUAACAUAUUCUUUUUGUACUCAAAAUAAUGAAAUGCCCACACACUAAAAAGGCCUCUCGGUCGAGCUUCCAUUUGUUAAUUUUGUAACUCUUUCCCUGUUGUUUUCUUCUCUUGUAAUUCAACAGCUUUUUGACCUGUAUUCCUGGUGCACUAGAGCAUGACACUCCAUGUUUAAGUUCAUGUAAAUGGACACGUCUCCCAAUUUACACUA